AUGUCGAAGAUGCUCCUGCUCAGAGUUUUGUUGCUCUCUCUCAGUUUCGCCUUUUAUUGGGUGGAUUCUUGUUCAACGGUAUCUAAAGGCAAUGUAUCACUAACUGGAGUAUGUCCUAAUGAUACUUUUAUUCUACCCAUUGGAACUGGAGAAACACUUGAAUAUUCUUGCAUUUACAAAUCUAAUGCGUCUUUCAUAGUUGAGUUUUAUUGGAAUAUCAGUGGUGAUAUUAUUACUGCUUUUACAAGUCCUCUUCCAAAUGGAAUUGGUAUAUCUAUUAUUAAUAAUAGCAUAGCUGACCUGAGGAUUGCCACUAACACAUUGUUAGAUAUUCAUAUUCAAUGUGGAUUGUGUUCAUUAUCCGCAACAAGACAUUGUUCUUUAGAUACAAAGUUGGUGGGAACAGAAUCAAUUCGACUGAUUGCCUUUGGUCCUCCUUCUUCAUUAUCCCAUGAGUUAAGAGAGAAUGAAACUGUUAAGUUGUCAUGGUUACCUCCUCUAGCAGAAGCUGUAUUAUUACUCACAUAUGAUAUAAUAAUAAUGGAGUCAACUAAUAAUUCACUGAUAGUAACUGAUAUAAACAUUACUAACAAUACAUAUGUAAUAAUAUCACCUGCUGAUAUAACUGAUUAUGCUGAAUGUACCCCAUAUCAAUGGGGAGUAAGAGCAGCUGCUAAUUUAAGUUAUGGAUUUACUGGUGUAAAAAUGGCAAUGAAAAAUUUUACUUUGAUUUCAGGUCCUAAAAUAUCUGAUGAAUUGAUUGCUAUUGAUGAUAAUUAUACCAUUGAAUUCAAUGUUACAGCUCCAUGUGAUAUUGAUCUAUUAAACAAUUACACAUAUAUUUUAUUACAAAAAGACUACUGUCAGAUACCACUCAAUUCAUCACAGAUUAAUAUCACUAUACCACUUGAUGAUAAUAUUGUUCUGCCUAACAUGUUAGUAUCAAUCCGUGUUAACAUUAGAUCAUCGAUUCAUGAUUUAACGUGGUCAGUAGCUGUUAUUGUAUCAAACAGGUUUGGUUCUAAUACAAUAGAUUAUACCAACAUUACUAAUAAUUCAGAAGCUAUUCAGAACUGCAAUCCAAUGACCUCUUCAUCAGUAUCACAAGUAUCAUCAUCAAAUAUUCUAUCUAGUUUAAUUACAUGGAGCCCCAUUUCUACCUCAUCAUUUUCCUUUUCUGCUCCUUCUGUUACUCCAAGUGGAGAAAGUGGUAGAAGUAGUUGGACAAGUACUGAUACUACUUUAGUUGUUUUUGGAGGAGUAGUCUUGCUUUGUAUAGCAGUUUUUAUUUAUGUUGUUAUGUAUAAAGCAAAGAAUAAUAGGACAUCCUGCACAUGUCAUUCCUGUGACAUAAGAAAUUUUGUGAACAAAGUAAAGGAUCUUAAAAUAAAUGACACUAGCUUGGCGGUAGAGUCAUCUAAAACAACAGUUGAAAGUUCACCAGUUGGUUCGGCAGACAUUGUUGAUGAAGACUACAAUAAUGCAGAGACUUCUUUUCAGACACACCUGGAUCCAUUGCCUCUUGCUCCCAGUGAAGAAGCUGAGGCAACACCUGAUUCAGAGUAAGCACCUGUAUGCUGAUUUAGAUGAAAUUAGGAAGGCUGGGACAUGCUCCUCCACCCACUGUUCUUAAUGGUGUUAAAUAUUCACAAGUAAAUUGAUGUAUCAUGUUAAUUGAUUUAUAAACUCAUUCAUUUAAGCAUUGUAUUUUGAAUCAAAAUAAUAAUCAUUUAUAAUUGGUUAAUCACACACA